GCUUGGUCAUUCAGGUUGUUGAAUACAACAACUUUCAUUCACAAAGUAACCGGCAUAGAGGUUACACUACUGCUGUGUGGCUUUGCAUCCCACGACUACCACUGCUGACGUUUCAAGUAUGGCCAUGAAUGGAGCUGCUGCCAGAGGAUGUUACAACUGCGGACAAGUCGGGCAUUUUGCCCGUUUCUGUCCAUUACCGCCUCGGAGUCAAGUUGCUAAUCCGAACUCUGCCAUCGUACCGGUGCAGACGCCGUUACUCACUGCCCCGAAUAACACUGGAGGCUACAAUGGGAAUACCGGUAAUUACAAUUAUAAUCGAGGAGGUGGUGGCUGGAGUUAUACCAACCAACGGCUUGCUAACCUAGAAGAUCAGGUGUCCAAGUUCAAGGUCCGUUAUGAUGCGGAAGAAGAACGCGAGAAGAUCAAGAAAGAAGAAGAAGAACGUAGGAGCAGAGAGGAAGAGGAGGAAAAAAGAAGAGAACGGGACCGUAAGGACCGGGAGGUUGCUUAUAAGAAGAUGUCCGAAGAAAUGAAUGCACGCUUCUAUAAGGUGUCCGAAGCUUUGGAGAGUAAGACCACAAAGGAUAGUUCGAAAGAAAUCGCCAUGCUGAAGGAGCAGAUUGAGCGGCUGCAACACACCAAAGAUGGGGACAGACCAUCCAGCAGCGGUGCUACAUCUAUCGAGAACGAGAUGAUGAGAAAACUUCACGAGUUGGAGGAGUUUAAGAGUAGUGCACAGGCUGAAGCCGAUCGGCGGGUGACUCUGCUUGAGGAAGAGGUUAAGGUUCUGAAGCUUCUCCACAAGCGAGUUCAGGACGAAGCAGAAUCCUGGAAACAGGAAGCCCUUCGACCCGGAAACAAAAGGGGCUGCAUCGCCAUUAGUGAAUCGCCGAGCUUGAUGACUAGAAAAGGACAAGAGUCACAGCGAUGGACUCCCCUGCUCCUUCGACAUUAUGGCGCAACAAGGCGAGAGGCCGACUUGCUUAGAAAAGGAAAGGAAACAAUGGAGCAGGAAAUCGAAAGACUCAAGGAGGAAGUCACGCGAUUGAACUUGGAGAGACAGUGUGCAGGCACUGCUAGCAAUCUCAAAGCUAAGAUGGACGAAGCGGCCACGAAUUCGGCUAGAAAAAAAGGAAAGGAACCUGCAUCGGUGGGUAAGACGUACAAGGAGGCGAAUGAUAAGCAGGACUUCGUGGCUGAUGCUAGGAAGAACCUCAAAGGCUUGAAGAAGGACGUGGUCAAAGUCAUAUGUGCCAAAGAAGGAAUCGAGUAUACCAUGCUUGAGAGAACGAAGGAGGCUAUUGUUACACAACGUGCUGCAACGACAUUUGGUUCCACCUCAGUCGAAGUCGUACCCGAUGACUCCGCUCGCAGUGCUGAUGUCGCAGACGCAAACGGAGAAGAAGUUGCUUCUUAGUUUCCCUCCCGAACGUAGCUCGACUAUGGCAGCUCGCUUUUCGUUGUAG